AUGAGAGUGAUCCGGAAAUGGGUGCUAUACAGUGUCCUGAGUGCCCUCUUCCUCAUAACGUUCUAUCACCUAUCCCCUAGCACCCCAGUUGACUCCGACGUUGGACAAUCCUCAUCGCAGGAAGUCCUGACCACUCCGUCGGCCAGCGCUCAUGGUCACAAAUGGGCCAACAAGCCCGUCAAAUACCCUGUCACUUCUCUGGUCUCCUUGCCCACCAGCAAGCCUGUUGCAAUCCCUAAGGUCCAGUUUCCGUUCGAAGCCGAAGAUCCCACAACCAAAGAGAUUCGAGAACGCAGGUUGCAGACAGUCAAGGAAGCCUUCACACAUUCUUGGGAUGGCUACAAGGAGCACGCCUGGUUGAAAGAUGAGGUUGCUCCUGUCACUGGUGGCUCCCGAAACACCUUUGGAGGAUGGGGUGCCAGUCUGGUAGACACCUUGGAUACUCUUUGGAUCAUGGGCAUGAAGGCAGAAUUUGAGGAAGCUGUGGCUGCCGUCCGCAAUAUAGACUUCAGCAUUGCUGAGCAGUUGCCGCUGAAUAUCUUUGAAACAACAAUACGCUAUCUCGGAGGGCUUCUAGGUGCCUACGAUGUAAGCGGAGGCAAAUAUCCUGUGCUCUUGGGCAAGGCCAUCGAGUUGGGGGAGAUGCUCUACACAGCUUUUGACACCCCGAAUAGGAUGCCCAUUACUCGUUGGAGCGGGGACAAGGAAACAUCUCAGGCGGAAGCCCUAGAGAGGACUCUUGUCGCUGAAAUUGGAUCUCUUUCCCUCGAGUUUACACGCCUGUCUCAGCUGUCCGGAGACAUGAAAUAUUUCGACGCCAUUCAACGCAUAACGGACGUCUUCGAUAAGCAGCAGAAUCGCACGAAUCUUCCUGGGAUGUGGCCCGUGUUGGUAAAUGCGCGGACACAAGAAUUCUCUCGAGAUACUUUCUUCACGCUUGGAGGUAUGGCCGACUCUUUGUACGAAUAUCUACCCAAGGAAUACUUGUUGCUUGGUGGUCGCUCCGAUCAAUAUCAGCGAAUGUAUGCAUAUGCACUGCAAACCAUAAAAUCUAACCUCCUAUUCAAGCCAAUGACGACGACCGACAAGGACAUUCUGCUUUCAGGCAAUGUCCGAGCCUACGGGCUAAACACGGUUCACCUUGAGCCACAGAGCCAGCACCUUGCUUGUUUUGCAGGUGGGAUGGUAGCACUUGCAGCAAAGAUGUUCAACCACUCCGAGGACAUCGACGUCGCCCAAAAAAUUGUGGAUGGAUGCAUAUGGGCGUAUGAGAGCAUGGCUACUGGUAUCAUGGCAGAAGUGUUUUACACUGUUCCCUGUCGUGGAAACAGCACAAGGGCGUGUCCUUGGAAUCAUACAAAAUGGGUUAGUGAGGUAGUGCUUCGAAAUUCACACGACGAGCAGGAGCUUGAUCUGGCAACGCCUUACGAUGAGCGUAUCCGUAUGAAAGUGGAAAGGCUCCGCCUACCCGCUGGCUUUUCUGCUAUUGGUGAUCGCCGCUUUCUGCUGAGGCCCGAAGCUAUUGAGUCCAUCUUCGUGCUCUACCGCAUCACAGGUGACGAGGUCCUCCGAGAUGCCGCAUGGGAGAUGUUCGAAAACAUUCAGAGAGUGGCGAGGACAGACAUUGCGUACGCCGCCAUCGAGGACGUUACCAAUACGCAAACCAUGCAAGCAAACAAUAUGGAGUCUUUUUGGAUGGCUGAGACUUUGAAAUACUUCUAUCUGCUAUAUAUAACCACCCUGGCAACCUGCCAGCUCAACCAGUGGGCCUUGGAUUUUGAGGGUAACCUGGAAAGAAUUCUCUUGAGCAUCAAGAAGGCAAAGGAAGCCAAGGCUACCUUGCGUGUGGGCCCGGAAUUAGAAAUCACCGGCUAUGGCUGUCUUGAUCACUUUCUGGAGGCAGACACCUUCUUACAUUCAUGGGAGAUGAUUGCGCGAAUACUGAAGAAUCCGGGCUGUCGAGAUAUCAUCUUGGAUAUAGGCAGAGAGAUGCGCUACUUCACUCCAUGGUCUCGUGAAGGACACGUUGAGGAAUACUACCUUCCACGCAUCAUUCAAGACAUUGUGGGCAAGGUCAAGGUUCCAAUUGGCGAUGCUGUCAUCUCAACAAGAGACACUUGUCUCGGAUGCGAGAGCUGCGAAGAACUCUUUACGCCCAGCGCUCCGCAUUCCGCAAUGAGCCUCAACGGUGUCGAGAUUUUCACGAACUCUAGCGGCAGCCACCAUGAACUGAGGAAGCUCAACACUCGCUAUGAUCUGAUCCUAGAGGCAACGCGCAAAGCUGGGGGAAUCUACCUGUAUGCAAACCAACAGGGUUGCGAUGGCGAUCGACUGUACUACGAUGGUUCUGCUAUGAUUGUCAUCAAUGGCAUUAUAGUCGCACAAGGUUCGCAAUUCAGCUUGAACGAUGUGGAAGUCAUCACGGCAACACUCGACCUGGAGGACGUCAGAAGUUUCCGCUGCGCGCCAUCAAGAGGGCUUCAGGCGUUGCAGGCACGCUCGUACCAACGUAUCGAGGUCGACUUCGGCCUUUCGGCAGAGGGCAGUGUCCUAGACACAAAGAUAAAGCCGUCAGAAGCACGAGCGCCAUCCUUUCAUGCACCGGAAGCAGAAAUCGCAUAUGGACCCGCAUGUUGGUUAUGGGAUUAUCUUCGACGCAGUCGCCAAGCUGGGUUCUUCGUCCCUCUCUCUGGUGGGAUAGAUAGUUGUGCCACUGCGGUCAUCGUAUACUCGAUGUGCAGACUGGUCGUUGAGGCCUGCAAAGCUGGUGACGAGCAAGUCAUCAAAGACGUCAGGGCUGUCUGCGCCGAGGAGACUUACUCUCCAGAAAACCCUCAGGACUUGUGCAACCGGAUUUUCCAUACCUGUUUCAUGGGUAGCACGAACUCAUCUGGAGAAACUCGAAGUAGAGCUCGGAACCUUUCAAAAGCCAUCGGAGCUUACCACACCGAUCUCAAUAUCGAUUCAGUCGUAAGCGCUAUGACGAAGCUCUUCACAGCCGUGACGAAUUUCGUGCCUAGGUUUCGGGUUCACGGCGGUGACAAUGCUUCGAACCUGGCUCUCCAGAAGUCAGUACCUCCCAACUGCCAAUCAUUACUUGACAAAACCCUCGCUCACCUAAUCACCAGCAUCCAAGCCCGACUUCGCAUGGUAAUCGCCUACCUAUUCGCCCAACUCCUCCCAACCGUACGCAACCGACCAUCCGGCGGCUCGCUCCUCGUGCUCGGCUCCGCCAACGUCGACGAACUCCUCCGAGGCUACCUCACCAAAUACGACUGCUCGAGCGCCGACAUCAACCCGAUCGGCGGGAUUUCCAAGACAGACCUAAAAGCCUUCAUCAGGUGGGCAGCCACGAACUUCAACCUUCCCAUCCUCGAUGACUUCAUCAGUGCGACACCGACUGCUGAGCUGGAACCCAUCACGGGAGACUAUGUGCAGUCCGACGAAGUGGAUAUGGGGAUGACGUAUGAUGAGCUCUGUGUGUUCGGGCGGUUGAGGAAAGUUCAGAAAUUGGGACCCUGGGGGAUGUGGGAGCGGCUGGUGCAUGAGUGGAGGGACAAAAUGGGCCCAAGGGAGGUGUAUGAGAAGGUUCGGCGGUUCUUUUGGUAUUAUGCUAUCAACCGUCAUAAGGCUACUGUGAUGACGCCGUCUUAUCAUGCAGAGCAGUACAGUCCCGAUGAUAACAGGUAUGACCUGCGACCAUUUCUGUAUCCGAUCUUCUCUGUAGCAUACAACAAGAUCGAGAACGCACUGAGCAGAUAUGAGAAUCCCAAAGGCCCAGAUAGUGUUGCUGGCAAGGAAGAGGGGAUCCAGGAUCUCGGUGGUGAAGCGAGGCAGGAGCAGUAA